AUGACGAGCACAGCUGAGAACACAGGUUCGGCACCCUCGCACAAAUUCGAUCCAAACUUCACCCAGAAUGUCAUCGACGCAAUGGGGCCCAAGACUAGUCCUCGCAUGAAAGAUGUUAUGGGAUGCCUCAUCAGACAUGUCCAUGACUUUGCGCGAGAGGUCGAACUUACAGUGGAUGAAUGGAUGCAAGGAGUUGAGCUUCUCAAUGAGGCCGGAAGGAUGAGUGAUGAUAAGAGAAAUGAAGGACAACUGGUUUGCGAUGUUAUUGGCCUGGAAUCACUCGUGGACGAAAUCACCUACAAGAAAGCUGCCGACGCAGUGGAUGCACCCACCGUUAGUGCGAUUCUCGGACCUUUCUUCAGACAUGACGCUCCAAAGCUAGAGAACGAAUCUUCAAUAAUCCAGACAGCAGUCGAUGAUGGAGAGACUAUAUACAUGUAUGGAAUAGUCGCGAACCAUGAGACCAAUAAGCCUAUAGUUGGUGCUACAGUGGAUGUAUGGCAGGCAUCAACGAAUGGAUUAUAUGAACAACAGGAUGAUGAGCAGGCGGAUCAUAAUCUAAGAGGACAAUUUAAGACUGAUGAGAACGGGCAUUAUGGAUUUUAUUGCUUGAAACCUACUCCUUAUCCUGUUCCUUCUGAUGGUCCUGCUGGCAAAAUCCUACAGUUGUUAGACAGACAUUCUUUCCGACCUGCACAUAUUCAUCUGAUCGUCCAACACGAUCAUUACAAACCUCUCACAACUCAAAUCUUCGACUCGAAAGACGAAUAUCUCGAGAAUGACUCUGUAUUCGCUGUCAAAACCUCACUUGUCGUGGAUUUCGUCCCUUUGAUGAAUAACCCCAAAGCAUCACUGGAACUAAAUUAUCCUGUUCUUCUUGCUCCUCAAACUGAAACAUAG